UAAAAGGUGUCUGGUGGUGCCAACUCAGCUAGAGGUAGUGGCAUGAGUCUGCGUGCCGAACUGCACUAAAACAGAAACAGAAACACAAAGACACUAGUGUCUAGUGCUACUACUACUUCACUUCACUAAUAAAUUGAGGAGGGUGUCCACUCCCACACUACUCAGCAAGAGAGGCAAGAAUGACAAAGCCACUCUUCCUCCUUCUUCAAACUCUCCUAACCCUAUCCCUCGCAACGUGGGUGGCGUCUCUCAACCAAGAAGGCCUCUACCUCUACCACAUAAAACUCUCCCUCGACGACCCGGACUCCACCCUCUCCACGUGGAACCCACGUGACGCCACGCCCUGCGCCUGGUACGGCGUGACCUGCGACGCCACCAACACCACGGUAACCCAACUGGACCUCUCCAACACCAACGUCGGAGGGCCCUUCCCCGCCAACACCCUCUGCCGCCUCCCCAAUCUGCUCUCCAUCAACCUCUUCAACAACUCCAUCAACGAGACGCUCCCGCACGACAUCUCCCUCUGCCGCUCCCUCCUCCACCUCGACCUCUCGCAGAAUCUCCUCACCGGCCCUCUUCCCUCCACCCUCCCCCUCCUCCCCGCCCUCCGCUACCUCGACCUCACCGGCAACAACUUCUCCGGCCACAUCCCCGACUCCUUCGGAACCUUCCAGAGCCUCCAGGUAAUCUCCCUCGUUUCGAAUCUUCUAGAUGGGACCAUCCCUGCCUCCCUCGGAAACCUCACCACUUUGAAAAUGCUUAACCUCUCUUACAACCCCUUUUUCCCCGGUCGGAUCCCGCCGGAGCUGGGGAACCUCACCAACCUCCAGGUGCUCUGGCUCACACAAUGCAACCUCGUCGGCGUCAUCCCUUCCUCCCUCGGGAACCUCGUUAACCUCCAGGACUUGGACCUCGCGCUCAACGACCUCUACGGUUCAAUCCCCAGCGAGCUCGUUCGGUUAACCAGCUUGAAGCAGAUCGAGUUGUACAAUAACUCCCUCUCCGGGGAGCUUCCCAGGGGAAUGGGGAACCUCACCAACUUGAGGCUUCUCGAUGCUUCCAUGAACCACUUGACGGGGAACAUUCCUGAGGACCUUUGUUCCUUGCCGUUGGAGAGUCUCAAUCUCUAUGAGAAUCGCUUCCAGGGGGAGCUACCUGCCGCCAUUGCCAACUCGCCUAAUCUUUAUGAGUUGAGACUCUUCGGGAACCGUCUCACCGGGAAGUUACCGGCCAAUCUCGGCAAAAACUCGCCGCUCCGGUGGCUCGAUGUUUCCAGCAACCAGUUCUGGGGGCCUAUUCCGGCGACGCUCUGUGAUAUGGGGGCGUUGGAGGAGCUUUUGAUUAUAUACAAUCUUUUCUCCGGGGAGAUUCCGGCGAGUUUAGGCACGUGCCAGAGUUUGACACGUGUGAGACUCGGUUUCAACCGGUUGUCCGGCGAGGUUCCGGCCGGGAUCUGGGGGCUUCCGCACGUGUAUCUUCUUGAACUUGUUGAUAACUCCUUCUCCGGUUCCAUCGCCAGGACCAUUGCCGGCGCGGGGAACUUGUCGUUGUUGAUUCUCUCCAAGAACAACUUCACGGGCGCGAUUCCCGAUGAGGUUGGGUGGUUGGAGAAUCUCGUGGAGUUUUCCGCGAGUGACAACAAGUUCAGUGGUUCGUUGCCUGAGACUAUUGUGAAUCUUGGCCAGCUUGGGAUUCUUGAUUUUCAUAACAAUAGACUCUCCGGGGAGCUUCCCAGGGGGAUUCGUUCGUGGAAGAAGCUCAACGAUUUGAAUUUGGCUAACAAUGAGAUUGGUGGCAAGAUUCCUGAUGAAAUUGCGGGUUUGUCCGUGCUUAAUUUUCUAGAUCUUUCUAGAAACCGCUUUUCAGGGAAAGUCCCCAACGGGUUGCAGAAUCUCAAGCUGAAUCAGCUGAAUUUGUCUUACAAUCGUUUGUCUGGUGAACUUCCUCCUAUGUUGGCUAAGGAUAUCUAUAGGUCUAGUUUCCUUGGUAAUCCUGGCUUGUGUGGGGAUUUGAAGGGUUUGUGUGAUGGUAGGAGUCAGGAGAAGAGUGUGGGUUAUGUUUGGUUGCUUCGAACUAUUUUCGUUGUUGCCACUGUGGUUUUCUUUGUUGGUGUGGUUUGGUUUUACUUUAGGUAUAGGAAUUUCCAGGAUGCCAAGAGGGCGAUUGAUAAAUCCAAGUGGACGUUGAUGUCGUUUCAUAAACUGGGUUUUAGUGAAGAUGAGAUUUUGAACUGCCUUGACGAGGAUAAUGUGAUUGGAAGCGGAUCCUCAGGGAAGGUCUACAAGGUUGUGCUUAGCAGUGGGGAGGUUGUUGCUGUGAAGAAGAUAUGGGGUGGGGUUAAGAAGGAAGUAGAGAGUGGGGAUGUUGAGAAGGGUAGGGUUCAGGACAAUGCUUUUGAUGCGGAGGUUGAAACUUUGGGCAAGAUCAGGCACAAGAACAUUGUCAAGCUCUGGUGUUGCUGCACCACCAGGGAUUGCAAGCUCUUGGUUUAUGAAUAUAUGCCCAAUGGUAGUCUUGGUGAUUUGCUGCAUAGCAGUAAGGGAGGGUUGUUGGAUUGGCCAACAAGGUACAAGAUAGCUGUGGAUGCUGCAGAUGGCCUCUCUUAUCUGCAUCAUGACUGUGUUCCCCCAAUUGUUCAUAGAGAUGUGAAAUCUAACAACAUCUUGUUGGACGGAGACUUUGGUGCGAGGGUGGCGGAUUUUGGAGUAGCUAAGGCGGUCGAAACCACAGCCAAAGGGACUAAAUCAAUGUCCGUCAUAGCUGGCUCUUGUGGCUAUAUUGCACCAGAAUAUGCAUACACGCUUAGAGUGAAUGAGAAGAGCGACAUAUACAGUUUCGGGGUUGUGAUACUUGAGUUGGUUACUGGAAGACGCCCCGUGGACCCUGAAUUUGGGGAGAAAGACUUGGUUAAGUGGGUGUGCACAACCUUGGACCAGAAAGGCGUGGACCAUUUAAUUGACUCGAGGCUUGAUUCUUGUUUCAAAGAAGAAAUUUGCAAGGUCUUCAACAUUGGACUCAUGUGCACUAGUCCUCUUCCUAUCAACCGGCCUUCAAUGAGGAGAGUGGUGAAGAUGUUGCAAGAGGUGGGCACGGAGAACCUAACGAAACCUGCCAAGAAAGAUGGCAAGUUUUCCCCUUAUUACUAUGACGAUGCCUCAGAUCAUGGAAGUGUUGUUUAAUGAAGACUUGCAAGGGCUGGGUUGAAGGAGGAGUUCGAAGCUUUUCUUUUACUAAAAGCCAACACUUCCCUCCAUGUUUUCCGCGCAUGCUUUGCUUUACAGAGUUGACUAAAGAAAAGAGAUUAGAGAAUAGGAUUAUUAUUAUUUUUUUCGGGUGGAAAAUAGAGGCUUGAGGAGUUGAUGUUUUACCUUAUAAAGUAUGUGCAUAUUAAGAAGCUUCCCUACCAAAUUUAAAUUGAUGUUUGCAUUACAAACUUGUAUCCAGAAAUGAUAUUUCCAUCGAUAAUCAAGGUUUAUAUUUUUUUUAGUACA